AUGAUCGAUACCCUGGAGAGCGGCGGGGCUCAGGACCUGCUGCUCGAGCUCCCCGCAAUGUUGGAGCAGGAGCUGCGGGCUCAGCCCCGGGCCGCCGGCCUCAGGCUGCUCGAGGCUGCCCACGACAACGGCCUGCGAAUGACCGCACGGCUGCGAGACUUCGAAGUGAAAGAUCUCCUCAGCUUAACUCAGUUCUUUGGCUUCCACACUGAGACGUUCUCAAUAGCUGUGAAUUUCUUAGAUAGAUUCUUGUCAAAAAUGAAGGUACAGCCUAAACACUUGGGCUGUGUUGGACUCAGCUGCUUCUACUUGGCUGUGAAGGCAUCAGAAGAAGAGAGAAAUGUGCCCUUAGCCACUGACUUAAUUCGAAUAAGCCAGUAUAGGUUCACUGUUUCUGAUAUGAUGAGAAUGGAGAAAAUCAUAUUGGAGAAAUUGUGUUGGAAAGUCAAAGCUAUAACAGCCUUCCAAUUUCUACAGCUCUAUCAUUCAUUCAUUCAUGAGAAUUUAAGCUGUGAAAGGAGAAAAUACCUUAAUUUUGAUAGACUUGAGACCCAGCUUAAGGCCUGUCACUGCAGACUCGUGUUUUCUAAAGCCAAGCCUUCUGUCUUGGCACUGUCUGUUUUGGCACUAGAGAUAGAAGAACAAAAACUGCUGGAGUUAAUGGAGGCAUUGGAAUUUCUACAGUUACAUUCCAAGAUAAGCAACAGAGAAUUGACCUUCUGGAAGGAGCUAGUGUUAAAGUGCCUUAUGGAAUAUUCCUCAAGCAAAUGUUCCAAACCAAAUGUGCAGAAAUUAAAAUGGAUUGUGUCUGGACGUACAGCUCGGCAGCUUAAACAUAGCUACUACAGAAUAACACACCUUCCUACCAUUCCAGAGACCAUGUCAUAAUAGGAGUGCAGUAAAAUGAGAAGACCAUCAAUCAGCACACUAAUGUUUGAGAAACAGUCUGAACCAUGAUCUUAAUAAUUAAGAACUCGGCUCAUGGAAAUAAUACGUAACAUUUCAGACUAAAGAUCCUUCCAGCAAAUACCAGUUCUUUUCAUGAUGAAUUCAACAGUACAUGGUGUCAGUACUUGGUAGACUGUUUACUAGUCAAUGAAAUAACACAAUUCCAAUACAAGGAAUUUUAACAUCUUAUAGUUUGUAGAGCAGCUUGUGUAAUCUAACCUUGGUUUAGAGUAACUGUAGGUGCUGAAUUAGAUAUUAAUUUUUAAAACCCGGAUAAUUUUCUGAGGAUUAUGGAAUACCAGGAAAAUCUGAUUUGCAGUAGUGUAGUGCUGCAGUGUAUUAAGAAAAGAAAGACUAAGCCCACUCAAUAUUGAUGACAACAGCAAAUGUCUGCCAGCUCAUCUGGUGUGCUGUUUGGGCAAUUCCUUGUGUCCACAUGUUCCUGCCAGGAUGGGCACUGGCCUCCUACCACAGACACAUUAAACAUUAGCCUGUGUGAUACCCGCUGAACAUGUUGAGUUGGUAGAAAGUUAACUGUAUUCCUUUAGGAAAGACAGUCACUAGCACAGCAUCAGUAACUGUAGUAUUUUGUAAUAGCUGUAGUUUAACAAUGCCACAAGUACCUCAUUGAGUGUAAAAACUUGGUGGUACCUAAUGAAGAGUAAGGGAAAGAACUGGGUCACAUGUAACUCUUUCAUGCCCUAAAUCUGACAUAAGUUUUCCAGAGUUUUGCUGUACUAGAGGUAAAUGCUGAUGCUGAACAGGCACAUUGUUACAGGUACAGUAGGAUCAGGGCUAGUUCCCCAUCUUGGCCUGUGUGUAGGAGAAUCCAGUUGAGAAAUACUGAAGAUUGCUUCAACUCUGAUCUCUUUAAUGGUAAGCUUUGUAAAGCACAACUGUUUGUUCUGACAACCAGGUCAAUAUUUGAGGCAUUCAUAUUUAUAGUGCUAACAAGGAAGUGAAUAAUAAGAAUGUAUUAUUGUAUGUUAGAUGAAAAGAGGUUCUGGGAGAGUGUUGCUAAUGUCUUCUUGAAUUCAGCGUCACUGUGGGACAGAGGUUGUUGGCAACAGGCUGUUAAACCUGAUUGUCAUGGACUGAUGGAGUGGAGAAGAUCAAUGUGGGAUGAGGUGUUAGCCAGCCAACCCUUCCCUGUAAUGGUACCAACUGAAGUGGAAACCAUUCUUCUCAAGCUAGUUAAAUCAUUCACAGAAGACUCUAUACCAAAGCUCUCUACUGGACAAAUGAAGUCUUCUCAUGAGCUCAUGGGAGUGACUACACUGCAAAACGUGUAACUGGGUAUCACACCUGUCAGUGCUGCCUGGGCAUUGUUCUGACCUGUGCAAAGUGAUUCAAAGGUGUGGGAGAGGAUGCAAUGUGCAAUUCUAAUUGUCCUGUUUCAAGAUAUGUACCUUUAAAUUAAACAUUGAAAUGU